AACCCAAUUCAGAGGUGUAUGCUCAAAAAGUUUGUCGAGAGAAGCUAGUCUAUUCUUUUUCUGAAAAAUAUUUUCAAAGUAUGGGAGUUUCACAAGCCCUUCUUAAUUCUUUUGAUUUGAAGAGUAUCAUUCAAGGAAAUGAAGAAGUGUCCAAGACGUCAAGUGAGUCUUUGUGGAACAAAGUUUUGGAAGCUCGAUCCAAGAGAAGGUGGAUUGUAAGGAAACAAAGGAAAAAUGGAGGACACGUCAGAACCAGGAAGCCCAGAAGGAUUUUGAUGAAGAAGAAAGCACGUCUGGAGGGUUCUAGAAGGUCCGCUAACGGGAUCCAACGGAGGGUCAAGACCCUGAAGAAGCUAAUUCCAAAGAGCGAGUCCACGGGGUUAGAUGGGCUAUUCAGAGAGACGGCUGAUUACAUUUUGGCUUUAGAAAUGAGAGUAAAAGUCAUGCAGAUUAUGGUUAAGGUAUUGGGAGGUUCAGAGGAGUGAACCUAUCCAUUUGUAAAGGAUGAUACCAUUUUUUUUUUUAUUAUCAUUUGUGAUUCAUUGUCAUAUAUAGGUUCUUGUUGGUAAGUUCAGCUGUAUGUGUUGAUUCUGUCUAGAUUUAACCAUAGAUUGGUCGUUCUAUUGUGUGAAGAAUGAGUUUGAG